GUCGGCUAACAUGGGCUAGCCUGUUAUGGAAGCAGAGGGAGCACAUCUGAGGGGUUGUCUGAUACAGCGGGACUAGCUGGGACUAGUUCUGAGGCGUGAUUUGGACAGAUAACGCCACAUACCGGAAGCCCGGGGAACGUCUUCCUGGCUGAUAAACAAAAACACCAGAGAGAGAGAGAGCUAAAAGCACGGGACGGCUACAAUUACAAGUACAACAUGGACCUGACAACUGCGGAGCGUCCAGUAAUUCCUCGCAGUGGCUGAACCCUCAGACGGCGGCACCUCGGGGCGCGGGGAAUCUUUGUUCACGUCUUUUUUUCAUGGGACACAACCGGGCUUCCCCUCCGCUGUUUGUCCUCGUCCCUAUCGCCGUGACAGCGCUCACAUCGGCUGGCUUCGCCUGGCCGCAGAGGCGCCCGCGUCGCAUGGACUCCUAACGGUAGUUGUUGGGCUCUUCUGGCGGACGCGGCAGUCAUGUUCGCCGUGCGUAUCGUCACCGCGGACUUUUAUCUGGCGACUCCCAUUAAGGACCUGGACGUCUGCUAUUCUGAAUUCAGGGAGAGCGGCGUGAAGAAAGUGCCGGUUGUCCGGAUAUUUGGAGCAACACCUGCAGGACAGAAAACGUGUCUCCACCUCCACGGCGUGUUCCCCUACAUCUACGUACCGUACGAUGGCCACGGCCAACAGCCGGAGCACUACCUGCGGCAGGUGGCCUUCAGCAUCGACAGGGCCCUCAACGUUGCCAUGGGAAACCCCGCCUCCAGCACCCAGCACGUGUUCAAGGUGGUGCUGGUCUCUGGCAUGCCUUUCUAUGGCUACCACGCGAAGGAGAAGCUCUUUAUGAAGAUCUAUCUGUACAAUCCUCAGAUGGUCAAAAGGGUGUGUGAGCUGUUACAGAGCGGAGCAGUGAUGAACAAGACCUACCAGCCUCACGAAGGCCACAUCCCCUACCUGCUGCAGCUCUUCAUAGACUACAACCUGUACGGCAUGAACCUGCUUAACUUGGGGGCUGUCAAGUUCCGCAGGGGCCGGAGCAAAGACGACGCAGCGGCGGUCCCAGACAGGUCAACUCCCAGCAGUCGUCCCAGCAUCAGCCCCUAUAAGAGCUCCUGCUCCUCCAAGCUCAGCAACAGCACUCUGGGUGGCACAUUCGUCCGCUGGGAGGAGAACGCCAUACCCUGCUCCCUCGUCCUUGAUGAGGUGGCGAGGCAGAGCACCUGUGAGCUGGAGGUCGAUGCUGUGGCUGUAGACGUCCUCAACCGCCUGGAAAUUGAAAAUCAGAUCGGCAGGAACCCGGGCCUGCAGGCCAUCUGGGAGGACGAGAAGCAGAGAAGGAGAGAGAAGAACCAGGUCUCCCAGAUAGAAACCCCCGAGUCACAAGAUCGCGGGUUCGUCACGUCGACGGAGAGCGAGAAGAUCUUCAUGAAGAGAUUCAAGGAGAUCCUGAAAGAGAACGAGUUUGACGUGACACAAGGCUCGCCCGUUAGCGACGGGGAGGACCAGGAGGAUCUUCUCGGUGAAAUGACCCUCCAUUCCGUCCCGCUGACCCCCGAGGGACUGCCGUGUAUCCUCGCUAACGCUGUGGAGGUGCACAGGCAAUCACAGCUAGACUCUGUGAGGAGCAGUGGUAAAAUCCCAGAGGAGGCUGUCGUGGAUGAGGAGGCCAUCUUGAGUCUCUUGGAGAACAGCCAGACCUUCCUCCCGCUUACCCAAACCGCCAACCACUCGCCCCUGUUAGACAGCAGCCAGGACCAAGCCAUCAUCGAUUUGCUGGCAGGGCUGGAGAACGAUGGUUUCUGCGGAAACCCCGUUCGGCAGAAUUCCCAGUCCCAGUCACUUCCUGGAGACAGGAGCUAUCACUGCAACAGUGACGAGGAGGAGGAAGGUCCGGAGCUGGACAAGGUAGAGGCCGAGCUCAGCAUGGUAAUGUCCCAGGCGUGGGACAACGAGCCUCCUGAGAACUCACCGUCACAAAGGCCUGGGGUGAAGGAGCCAGACGACUGCUUUAGCGACGAGCAGCAGGAGUCCUCUGACGAAGACAUGGAGUGGAGUGGGAAUAACUCUCUGUUCGCCAACCUGUCCAUCCCCCAGCUCGACGGGGCCGCAGACGAGAGCAGUGAUUCAUCCUUAACGGACAGUGGCUCCAGGACCCAGUCUUCUGUGAUAGUCUCAGAGAAGAUGCUCGGAAAAAGGAAUCCCUUUUCCGGGGAGACGGUUCACCUGGAGCCACCUAAUUCAGCAAAGAUAUUUCUUGAGCACAGACCAGUUCAUGAGCUGGACACGGAGCAAUCACUUGACAAGCACUUUCAAUCAAAAAGCAGCCAGGACAGCAGUAGUGAAUGUUCAACAGGGUUCAAGUUUAAUAAAGAGAUCCCUUACAUCCCGCCAGUCAAACACCCCAUCCCUUGCAAGUUAUCCAGUCACCCAGAGGUGUCUCCCAUCUGCGUAGACAAACAGAACAUACGGCCCCUGUACACAUAUGACAAGAAAACCUCCAUAGCUUUGGACAAGACAGACCUAGAAAGUUUCCCAUUUGGUAACGGAAUGGUCACCAAAAACGGGAAGAAGUACGGCAGCAUAAAGAAUGUAGAAACAAACUGUCUGUCCAUUCUCCAGAACCAUAGGACCUUCUCUCUCUGUUACUCAGAGCUGAGAAACUGCUCAGCUAAAACAGAACUGGACCUGAGCCAGAAGGACAGUAAAAGCCCCAUCCUGAGGAACAUCUCCUCAGCCCCUUUACCCAUGGUGGAUGAUCAGGAGGAAGAAAUGGGCCAAGACAGUGAGGAGGGAGAUGUCGGUGAACUCAAAAUCAGGUACGAAGACUAUCAGGAAAACAAGACUGAGAGGACUAUUGUGGCCCAGCAGGAAGCACAUUACAAGUUCUUCCCAAGUGUCAUCCUCUCUAACUGCCUCAGUAGGAAGAAAGCUGGGAGCAAAAAGCCGGCAGAUCCCUGCAGCAAGCUUGAACAGGCUCAGCCUCGCAGGUCUAGGCUAAAAGUGUAUAAAAAAGGGUUGGGAAUAGCUGGACAGAGGAAUAAAAUAAGCAUAUUUGAAAGCUCUACUUCUGACAGCCAGGAUAGCACGUGCCUCACCUCAACCAUGCCUGCUUGUCCAGUGACUGUCGACACAGAGAUGCGAGUUUUGGAGAAUAAGUCAAUAAUAGAGGCAGAGCCAAUUGAAGAUGUGCCAAUCAAGGAGGAGGAGCCAAUCACAAAGGAGGACCCACAAAGUGGGGAUAGGUCUGUAAGUGAUCAGAUGGAAGAAACAGAACCACUUUUAGAGCCCCCCAUCACCAUAUUUUCCAGUUUUUCCUCAGAAGUUAAAGACUCAGCAGAGGAUAGGUUAAGCCCAUUUCAUGAUUUAUCAGCUAAGGUCACCUGUACUAAACCUUCUGCGCUGCCUGGUAGUAAAUACACCCUGAGAGCCAAACGGAAGAUGAUCUAUGAUGGCGAGGAUGGAGACUACUCAGGUGCCACUCGUUCUAAAAAUCCAGCCUCUGUCAAAGAACGGUUUAAGGACACCGAUGUCCCCAGUGGGCAGGAAGUUAAACACCAGAAACGGUGCAGGAAGGAACCCCCUAUCAUUAUCAAGUACAUUAUCAUCAACAGGUUCAAAGGACAGAAAAACAUGCUAGUGAAGAUGUCCAAAGUGAAUGCGGAAGAGCAGUUGGUGAUGCUGACGUCAGACAAGCUAGAUCAGUACAAUAAACUAGCGCCUCUUAAGAAUUUCUGGCCCAAGGUGCCAGAAUCCGCUGCCGUCAAAUUUCCGAUUACUGAGCCAAAGGCAAAAAAACUACCCAAAAAAAAGGCAAAGAUCAACUCCACAAAUAAGAAAACAGUCUGCAACUCCUCCAAACCUCAAGUCAGACAGGGUGAAAGGGUCAAAAGGACUAAAGGCUGUCAGAGAGGUCCAAUUAUACCCUCUCUACAGACCCCUAGGCCAUGCUACUGUGAGCGUGCGGACGACCAUGACCUUGAGUAUUCUGAUGUCAUGGUAGAGCUGGGCUACCUUUCUGAUAGAUCCCCAAGUCCUACAAACUCAACACCUCCUCGUUGUUGGUCCCCAAGUGACCCUCUCAUGGACACCAAGACUUCAGAACAGCUGAUAAACCCACUCAGUGACCCAUGUCUUAGUUCUGCUUUUCACAAGACAAGUUCAACCAAAGGAGCACAAAAAAAGUGUCAAACUGCCAAACCUAAGAGAUCCACAGACACUAAAAGGAAAGUAAGCAAGUCUGUUACUAAGCCGGAAGAGGAACCCAAAAAAGAGAAAUCAAGACCAAGGAGUGGUGCUGCUCCAAAGCAGAGGAAGAAAGCUAAAGAUAAAACAGAACGUAUCUUCAACAGUUCUACAACCCCCACAAGACCGAGAAAGUCCCGCAAAAAGAAAACUGAGGAACUCAAAAGCCAUGACUCAAGUGAAGACACCUCCCAGCUUCUUUUCCUGGAGGAUGAGCUACCUCUGUCCGUGAGUUCCUCUCAAGACGUCCCUCCAUUUCAGCAGCCAAUGAGCACAGAUUGCAACAGCCAGGGUAGUUCCCAGCCAGCAUCUAAUUCAGAAUCUAACUUAGUAGCCCAGUCUAUAGAACCAAAGGUUGAGGACUGUGAGACUUCCAUCAUGGAGGUCAACCAAAGCUCUUCAGUACCAGCUCAGCUGAAGCAGCAAGGUUGCCAGACCACUGUGGUAAAGUUAGAGGCUUCACAAGAGAAGUGCACGGCUCCUACAUCUCCUCUUGCUGUUAGACCCCUACUGGAAGACGGUAAAGACUCCAAAGCUUCCCCACACUCAGGCCCUAAGAAUGGGCAGAUCCCCACUCUCUCUGAGACCCCAUCUGGCUUGGCUGUCCUCAAGCAGCUUCUCCAGAAGAGGCAGCAGGGACAAGCUCUUCCUCUACAAGUGGUUGGUACAGACAGCCACUCAACGGCCAUAGCUCAGGCCACAGCACUACUAGAUCCAACAUCCAAACCAGUCAAAUCCAGAAGAGCCCCCUCCACCAUUCCACGGAAACCCAGGGCCCCAAAAUCUACCACCCCCAAGGAUAAAAAGCCCAGAAUCAGGAAAGGCAAAGCAAGCAGCACUCAGCCAAAUCUAUCGGUAAAGCAAGAGGGCAACAUGUCCGAUGACUGCCCAAUCUUCCUGUCAGACCCAGGCCUGGACAGCUGCAACUACAUAGAGGACAGCUUGUCACCUGAGCUCCCACACAACUAUGCCUUUGAUAUAAAUGCCAUUGAUCAGACAGAGUUUUCCAGCCCAUACAGCGGCAGUCAGUUUGUCCUGACUGACAAGAAUUUACCAGUUAAGUUCUUGAGUGACGUCAACCAGGAAGCUGUAUCUGCCCAGACACUGGGCUUUGAGAAGAAACUUGAUCGGCUAUUUGAUUCUGGGGAGGAGCUUCAAAGGGGCUCUGACUGGCACAAAGCAAGGCCCGUCAGCCCAGACCUCUUUGAUAGACCCGAGAACGGGGAGUCUGUAUCAAAUCACCUCACAUUCCUUGACUCAGAGAAAACCAAGAGCAGAGAGUGGGACUUCUCUUUAGGUAAAGCCCACACCCUCAGCCCCUUUCAAGACUUCCACUGUGAGAGAAAAGAGCUGCUCUUUUCCGUCUUCGACUCUGUCCUACCGUUGCCUUUAAGCUCUGCAUCAUUCGUCGACCACGAGGGCUCCCCAACAGGGGAUCUUCUGGAGGGCAUUGAUGGACUUACUUCAACGACACCCAGUAGCUCUCCACGCUCCAUCAGCUCACUAUCCCAGGUGAGGGCAAGCCAGCUUCUGCGGGGAGCAGGAGGUGGAGCCCAUGUCCUCAAGCCCCUCAUGUCCCCUCCAAGUCGGGAGGAGAUCCUCGGCACUCUGCUGGACCUGGAGAUGUCGGAGGCCACAUUCCAGGAGCCCUUCUGCAGCAACCCCUCUGAUGCGCCAGGGAAACCAAUGGAAGUUGGCGGCCGUAAGCUAACAGUGCAUACCAGGCUGACUAAGGAGCUAGCAGAGUUCAGUGGAGACCUGUGUUUGGAGGGCCUCCAUUUCUGGAAGACAGCCUUCUCAGCCAUGACGAACCCUGCCAUCACGAUAACCUCAUCUCCCCAAGCAUGGGGAGCUCGGGCCUCAGAGGAAAGUAAAGACCACACCGAGCUCAACUUAACCUCAGCCAGUGACAAAAAAGUAAUCCUUCUUCCCUGCAAAAACCCACCAAGCAGAGAGCGUGUGCAGCUGUGGCUGGAAGCCAGGAAACAGUACGAGAGUUUACAAAAAGGGCUGCUGAAGAAGGGGAGGGUUGGGCUGCACGUGGAGGGGAACCCAGAAAGAAUGGAGCAGCCAGCUGCUCCCAGCUGUCCAGCCGUGAAGGUGGAGCUGUGCGAGAGAUUUUCCAGUAUCAGGACGCAAAGGAGAAAGAAGUGCAACCUGUCCUUAAUCAUAACUCCCACGAAGAACACAGGCUCUCAUUGUAAAUCCACAGCGGUGAGUCCAGUGUCAGAUGAAGGCGGUGUGGAUAUUGAGCAGCAGGGCAAAGAGAACGACGAUCAUGACGAUAAAACCCUCUCUCCAGAGUCCCCAGAGCUGCCUCCCUGGCAGCAGUCCUGUCAGACCAGUCCCUUAGGGCCGGCUCGGCUCGGCGAGAGCCGGCAAAGGGAAAACUCUCCAGAACUGCUGUCACCUGGGCUCUCUAACUCCCUGGAGAGAGUCAGGGAGAAUCCCAGUCCUUCGCUCCUCCAUUUCAGUCACAGUGAGGAGGGGAGGACAAGUCCCCAUCUCCUUCACAGCACCCCCUUUUUGAGGAGGAGGCGGAGAAGCAAGGAAGAUCUGGAGCCAGUGUGCAGCACGCCCAUAUCUGAGGAGGAUUCUAUUUCUCAGAGACUCCAGCAAAGGAGGAGAAGCCAAGCGGACCCACUGAGACGAGUGUUGCUGACCACACAGAUGAAGAACCAGUUUGCUGCUUUGAAUGUGCCAAAGAAUGAUAACUCUGAGAUUGAAGGGCCCAGCAUAGCCAACUCAUACGGUUUCAAAAUCAGCAUGCAAAACCUGCAGGAUGCCAAAGCUCUGCAUGAGGUCCAGCACCUAACACUGAUAGGCAUGGAACUCCAUGCAAGAACCCGACGUGACCUCGAGGCUGACCCCGAGUUCGAUCCCAUAUGUGCCUUAUUCUACUGCCUCAGUUCUGAUGCUCCCCUGCCAGAUGUCGACAGCACCCAGCUGACAGGCGCCAUCGUGGUGGACAAAGACCAUCAAAGCGCAGGUCACAGAGGAACAGCGCCCCUGCUGGUCAGGUCGGGCGUCUCUGGCCUGCAGGUGACAUAUGCCACAGAUGAGAAGGUGCUCUUUCAGGAGCUGAUCACCGUCAUGAGGAGGUUCGACCCAGACAUCCUGGUGGGCUACGAGAUGCAGAUGCGCUCCUGGGGCUACCUCUUCCAGCGGGCUGCAGCGCUCGGCGUGGACCUGUGUCAGCAGCUGUCACGAGUGCCAGGUGACUCCAAAGAGAACCGCUUCGCCGCAGACAGAGACGAGUACGGAGCCGACACCAUGUCUGAGAUCAACAUUAUCGGGCGUGUCACCCUCAACCUGUGGAGGACGAUGAAAACCGAGGUGACGUUGAACAACUACUCUUUUGAGAAUGUGGCGUUCCAUGUACUUCACCAGCGCUUCCCCCUCUACAGCCCCCGCACAUUGUCCGACUGGUUUGACCACAACACCGACCUCUACAGGUGGAAGAUGGUGGACCACUACGUGAGCCGCGUGCGCGGUACCAUGCAGCUUCUUCAGCAACGCGACAUCAUCGGCAGAACCAGCGAGCUGGCCAGAUUGUUUGGGAUUCAGUUCCUUCACGUUCUGACACGAGGAUCACAGUACCGCGUUGAGUCCAUGAUGCUUCGCUUGGCCAAGCCGCUGAACUACAUCGCUGUGACGCCCGCCGUCCAGCAGCGAGCCCAGCAGAGGGCGCCGCAGUGCAUUCCUCUAGUGAUGGAGCCCGAGUCACGCUUCUACAGCAACUCUGUGAUUGUGUUGGACUUCCAGUCACUCUAUCCCUCCAUCGUCAUCGCGUACAACUACUGCUACUCCACCUGCCUGGGCCAUGUGGACAGCCUGGGAACGCCCGAUGAGUUUAAGUUUGGCUGUACCUCCCUUCGGGUUCCUCCCGAGCUCCUCUACCAGCUCCGCAACGACAUCACCGUGUCACCCAACGGCAUCGCCUUCGUCAAGCCAUCAGUGCGUAAAGGGGUCCUGCCCAGCAUGCUGGAGGAAAUCCUGAACACCAGGAUCAUGGUGAAGCAGUCGAUGAAGGCUUACAAGCAGGACAAGACCCUGAUGAAGCUGCUGGACGCGCGUCAGCUUGGACUCAAACUCAUCGCCAACGUCACCUUCGGCUACACCGCCGCCAACUACUCUGGACGCAUGCCAAGCGUGGAUGUUGGAGACAGCAUCGUCCACAAAGCCAGAGAGACGCUGGAGAGAGCCAUCAAGAUGGUGAACGACACCAAGAAAUGGGGAGCGCGCGUUGUGUACGGAGACACCGACAGCAUGUUUGUUUUGCUGAAGGGAGCCACCAAAGAGCAGGCCUUCAGGAUCGGCAACGAGAUCGCAGAGGCCGUGACCGCCACCAACCCCAAACCGGUCAAGCUCAAGUUUGAGAAGGUGUACCUGCCCUGUGUGCUGCAGACAAAGAAGCGCUAUGUGGGCUACAUGUACGAGAGCCUUGACCAAAAGGAGCCUGUGUUCGAUGCCAAAGGGAUCGAGACGGUGCGCCGCGACGGCUGCCCCGCUGUUUCCAAGAUCCUGGAGCGUUCCAUCAAGCUGCUGUUUGAGACCCGGGACAUCAGCCAGGUGAAGCAGUUCGUGCAGCAUCAGUGCAUGAAGGUCCUGGACGGCCGGGCCAGCAUGCAGGACCUGACCUUCGCCAAGGAGUACCGGGGCAGCAGCUCGUACAGGCCUGGAGCCUGCGUGCCUGCCCUGGAGCUCACCAGGCGUACGAUGGCGUACGACCGUCGCCUAGAGCCCCGCGUGGGCGAGCGGGUGCCCUACGUGAUCGUGUACGGGAUGCCCGGUGUGCCCCUCAUCCAGCUGGUGCGUCGGCCCAUGGAGGUCCUGCAGGACCCCGGCCUCCGCCUCAACGCCACGUACUACAUCAGCAAGCAGAUCCUGCCGCCGCUGGCCCGCAUGUUCCAGCUGAUCGGGGUGGACGUGUUCGGCUGGUACCAGGAGCUCCCCAGGAUCCAUAAGGCGUCCUGCUCCUCGGCCGCGGGUGGAGAGGAAGUCGGGAGGAAGGGAACCAUCUCCCAGUACUUCACCACGCUCCACUGCCCCGUGUGUGACGAGCUGACCCAGCUGGGCGUAUGCUCGCGGUGCCGCGCCGAGCCCCAGCGAGUCGCGCUGAUGCUCCACCGGGACAUGAGACUGUGGGAGAGUCAACAAGACCAGCUGCUGAAGAUCUGCAGGAACUGUAGCGGCUGUGCAGAGCGGCAGGUGCCCUGUGUGUCUCUGGACUGUCCCGUCCUCUACAAGCUGUCCCGGGUCAACAGACAGCUCUCCAAGGCCCCCUACCUCCGACAGCUGCUUGAGCAGUUCUGAUUGGCUCCUGAACCCCCGGAGCUCCCCACUGAUAUGGUGCUAAAGAUCUGUCUGUCCCUCCCGCCCUCUGUGUUUGAUUGUCCACUCAGUUGUAAUAGUUUAUAUGGUGCUUCGAUUAAACCCGUCGGGGUUUUCAUUGUCUUGUAACUGUUAUCCGAGUAUUUGUCUGCGUGUGCAGACUGUCUGGUUUGAGCCCCUCCCCCUCCCAGGUUUUGUGUGUGUCUUCAUGCUUGUUUGCUGCCAUCUCCAUUAGCUGCUACGAGCUGAGCGAAGUCUUUGGUGACUCAGCGACCGACUGCCUGUCGUGGAAGUGCGAGCGGUCCACUGGAGGUUGUGGUUGUUGUUGUCUUGCUGUAGCAGUUUGAACUCAUUGGCUUUUUUUUUUUAAAGGAGCUCCUUACAAGUCGAAAGACAAACUACAUUCAAACCACUAAUUGACUUUUCUUCAUUUUUUCUAUCGACUGCAGUCUUUUUUGUAAAUAGUUCCUGUAUAGCUCCAUCUUUAUUCUCACUGUGCAUUAGCAUUAACAAAAAAGAAACUACAACUAAAGCUCCGGCUAUGAAUGCAAUCAAAACUGUUUUUAUGCAUUCUGCUUCAGGAUGCCAUUUUUCAUGUUUCUUUUAACCUUGAUUGUAUUGAUAUCCAUUUUUGGCAGAUUUGACACUUCGUACUCUCCCGUCUGAGUGUGGGAACUGGAAACUAUUUCAGUUUUUCUAAAAAAAAAAAAAAAAAUUCUGGGACUGUUGCAAUACUGUGUUUUGAUAAUUUAUGUCAUGAAGAGUCUAUCGUUUCCCUGUGCAUAUAUAUGGUUUUGUGUACAUUUACAAUUUUCUGAGCAAAAAAAAGAAGAAAGAAAUCUGUCAUCAAACCAUUUCAAGAUCCAAUCCUCAAUUCUCCAUAUGCCAUACACAGAAUCUGUGUAUUUGUAUAAAUGUAAAAAAAUAAUAAUAAUGAAGGAGGUGUUUUUUUGUUUGUUUUUAAUGGACAUUGCUGUGGGUGGAGGUUUGAGAUUGAUAUAAUAAAAAGUCAAUGUAUUAAAA